CAGAUGAACCAACAGUGUAAAGUGUGUGGUGAACCUGCAGCAGGCUUUCACUUUGGAGCCUUCACGUGUGAAGGGUGCAAGUCUUUCUUCGGACGGACGUACAACAAUUUAUCUUCGAUAUCGGAAUGCAAGAAUAACGGAGAAUGUGUCAUCAAUAAGAAGAAUAGAACGGCUUGCAAAGCGUGUCGCCUACGGAAAUGUCUUCUGGUUGGAAUGUCAAAAUCAGGAUCGAGAUAUGGACGACGAUCGAAUUGGUUCAAAAUACAUUGCCUCUUACAAGAGCAACAGCAACAACAAAUUCAGCACAUACACUCCAAUAAGUCUCCUCCUAGGUUCAAUACUUCAAUCAAUCCCAAUUUUCUACCAGCAAAUUUACUCCCUGCAGCUGCAUUAGCAGAAUAUUAUAAGUCCUCAGAAAAGAGCCCAUUUACCGAUGAUGUGACGCGACAAAGCGUAUCACCAUCCGACUCUGGUGCAUCAUCAGCUGAUCCUGAAGACGAUAAUAGUUCCCGAAGUACAAGUGGUCUUAGCAUCUUCAGACCUGCAUCAUCCCCAUGCAGCGAAAAGGAUGUUCGAUUACAAGCAAUUAGGAAUCAAACCAAGGACGUGAAAAAACGGAAACCUUCAACGUUACCACCUUCGCCAUUUACUGUUUCUGCACCUCCAAGCUUUUCUCCUAGAAGUGGAAGUUUUCUAACUCCUGUACAGAACCUCCGGUCACUUCCACCUGGCAUUUCUUGGCCAAAUCGCAAUGGAGGUGACCUUCUUCUCCAUUCUCCAGUGGUAGCUGGUGUGGCCAUUGAACAAGACCAGCCAAUAGACCUGUCAAUCAAAUCUACCGCUGUAUUAUUCCGAAGUCCAAAGAACGAGGAAAUCAGUGACUCAGAACCGGAGCUUAGCAUCGAUUUGAGUGCAGAUCAUAAAGAUAUUAUGAAAAAUCCUUUAGAUUUGUCUUUGGUCCCGAAAAGAACUGAAGAAGUACCCAUGACUGGAUGAGAUAUAGUUUAAAAAGAACUUGAUUCUUUACCAUUAAUGGAAGAGUCAGUGAAACUAUGCUCUCUUUAAAUUCAAACACACAAUAUUUUCAAUAAAAACCAUUUCAAACUACAAUAGUGACAAUUAGGACCUUGUACAAGCCGACAAGGGGAUUUAUCCUUGACAAGUUGCAUGGAAUUUCAAAGAAGUAAUUUGAUUUUACUGAAUACACGAAAAAUUUAAGUAUUUUGAAAUCACUCAUUAACAUUAUAACGAUAAUAUUAUAUUAACAGCUAUAGCGUAUGUUAACCGUGAGUCAAAGCAGCCAUGUAUUUUGUUCUCUAUUUAUAUGUAAAUAAGUUUCAUAUUUUAAAAUACUUUGCCAUACAGUAUUUAAGUGUACAUUCCUUUCUUCUUGAUUACCUGAAUCUUUCUACCGUUAGUAUUUUUUUAAUUUACGUUAUAGUUAGUUAUAGCUUAUACCUUAUGUUUAAUUAAAAUGACUGAGGCGUUGUCGAAUUUUUCUUUUUCAGCGGUCUUUUGAAAUUUUGUCAUAAUAUAUCAUUUUUUUGUGACAAACAAUAGUAAUCAUUUUGUGUUCCCAAGGUUCAUGUUGGCUAUACGGGUCAAAUGGCCCGUGAAUUGUAACAUAAAAUAAAAGGGAUACAUUUAAAUUUAUUAUUAUUGAUAUUAAUUAUAAGUAACGAAAGUAAUGUGAUUGAUUUCUCUCUACAAUUUAAUUUUUGGCCUUGAUUGGGACCCAAGGGCUUCUUCUUUACCCAUCCAUGUAGUAGAAUAGUAUCUAGUGUAGUAAAAAUUAAUUUUUCGUGCCAGUUUGUAGGUUUAUGCCAGUGAAUUUUACCAAUUAGUUAAGUUAAAUAAUGGGAUCUAAGGCCAGUGGAAAUGAAGCUCAAAAUUUUGUACAGAUUAGUAAAAAUUUUGUAUCAUAUUUAAUAUUUUUUUUUAAUAAUUUCUAGUAAAACAAAAUUCGUGUAAGUAUUUAUUUCGUUAGUUUUAGGCCAGUUUGUAUUGAGUCAUUCCUUAAUUAAGUAGUUACUAGAUAAUUGUAUUUUUUUUAUUAUUUAUAAUCUGUAGCGUAUUUUUGAGUUAUGACAGCUCUUGUGUGUUAUUUUGUUAUUUGUUUCGUUUGUUAGAUAUUUUAAAUACAAUUUAAACAUUCCAUAAAAAUGCUCUAUGUAGUAAUCGAAGUCCAUUUUUUUAUUUUCGUACAUAUUUCUAAACACGUAGGUGCCAUUUUAGAACUUUUGUUGUUUAAUACAAAUGAAAGCAGGCUUACUUCUCGCGCCCUCAGUAAUAAAGUGACACAUUUUGAUUUUUGGUAAAAUGCGAAAAAAACACAGUUUUUCAUAUCAUAAAGAAUUCGUCAUAUAUGACACCAGCGGCGUGGCAUAUGAUUGGUGUCAAGUACACGUUAUUUUUCUUAAAUAUAUUUUAUCGAGUACUUAUUUUUUGACUAUAGUUACACAUUGGUAAUGAAAUAAUUUUUUUCGGACCUAAAUCUCAUCCAUUUCUUUAAGGUGGUUUGCAUUAAUAUUAGACAUAACUGGUGGAUGAUUUUAUCAUCUCAGUUAGCUGUGAAUAUGGGACAUGGAAAGAGCCCGGUUUGUGGAGAGCUCUGGGACUUACAUCGUGAUUAUAAAUAUGACACAGUUUUUUUGGGUCCACAAACGCGUAAACGCUUUAUGGGUUACGUAGGAGAUUUUAAACGGAAUCCCAAGUAUAUUCUAAAGAGAUUUUAUUGGAUUAUAUCAAACAUCACUCGUUUACAAUGCAACGCAAUGGUGACGGGGAG